GAGGGAAAUUUGGUUUUAUUCACAUUGUUAUUUAUCUCAACGCACGUGGUGAUCAUCGCCUCGUUAAAAAAAAUUACUAAAAAAAUGGGAAAAUCGAAAUCCUCCCGUCGAAACAAGCGUGCCCGUCACAAUCCAAUUCAAUCAAAUGGAUCUCACAGUUCACCACCUCCCUCUUCAUCAUCCCCCGAACUGUUGGAAAACCUCAAAACUCAAUUAACUUCUCCCAACACCUCAGAUGUUCUCACGGCUUUGGCAUCCGUUUCCGUAUUUGCUUCACAAAAGCAACAUUUGGGGAUUCUGGUGGAUCCAUCGGUUAUAAAAUCAAUUAUUCCACUGCUCACCAAUCCAGAUACACAAAAUUCUGCUGCUGGGACGUUGAGGAACUUGAGCUCGGUGGAUGAACACUUUUGUCAUGUUUUGGUGAAGGAAAAUGUGGUGGAGAAAAUCGUGGAGGUUUUGACCGGGGCAGUGCCAUGGAAUGGAGGCGGAGAAGAAGAGUUGCUCUUAACACAAUGCGUUGCCUUACUUUGGAAUUUAUGCGAAACGAGUCAACUGGCCGUGAAAAUAUCAACUCAAAACAAUCUUCACAUUGUCCUUGCCCGUUAUUUAGAGUGGAAUAAAUUUGGGUUGAAUUUGGCCGUCACCGUCGCCCACACGCUCUCCACCCUAACAGAGGACAACGGCAGCCUCCCUUCAUCCACCCUCCCCACAAUAUUAACAACUCUUCUCACCACCUCAACCACACCUCCGCAAUUGACCACCCCCUGCUUAGGAAUACUACUAAAUAUCGUACAAAAUAUCCCAUCCGACCUCCCACCAUUAGUUCAUUCAUCCUUUUCUGCAAUUCUUCUCCCAUCCCUCCAACUCAACGUGCAAGAAAUGAUUAAACGAUUUUCAUCCGAGCUUCCAAUCGACCAAGGCGGCGUCACUUUUGCAAUGGACAAAAAAGCUGAAGAAAUCAAUAAUUGGAUCACUUGUGGAAAAACUGGGAUGGAAAUUGUAGCAAAUUCUUUUAACAUUAGUGAAGAGAGUGAUGAGGAAAUCGAUGAGGACGCGAUGGAAUGCGACGAUGAAUCGGAUAACUAUUUACUCAAUGGAAUAGACUUGAUUCCAUUAAUAUUGGAGCAGAUCCGACCCCUUCCCGUGAAUGUUGUCGAUAUUUUAUCACCCACACAGGGAAGACUGAUUGAAAAUUACAAUCAACUAAGAAUCAGUGGGAUUAUGGCUUUGCAGAAUAUUUUCGAAUCUUUAAAAAUUGACUUGGAUUUUAAUCAGGUUUUAAUUGAAUUGAUGAAAUUGAGUGAUAUUCCAGAAUCCAGUUCAGUUAUUCGAUCGUUGUUUAGUUUAUGGAUUCGAAAAGAUGAUGGAAAAUCAUCUCAUUUGGAAAUUAUUCCGUUUAAAUCCGUGUUUUUCAAUCUUUAUCAAGAAUCAUUGAAAUCGAAUAUCAAAAUCAAUUGUAUUAAAAUUUUAGGCUCCAUUUCUAUUUUGUCACGUGAUUUGGAGGUGUUGAAAGAAGUUGGUUUGUGGUUUAAAGGGGUCCUGGGGGAUCUGGUUAACAAGAGUAAUUUGUUGGUCAUAGUGGAGACGGUGGAUACUUUGAUGGAUAUGUUUUCUGAGGAUGAAACGGAUCAGGUUUUUAAAGAGAUUUCCAUUUUGGGGAGGUUUAAAUCGUUGGGUGGGGAGAUUAAGAAGGUUUUCAAGCUUGUUAACAGGGGUGGGAAUAAGAAGAAAGGUGUGGAGGAGGAGGAGGAGUGGGGACAAGAAGCUAAAGCCGUGGUGGAAACAGUUCUUGAUAAUUUGCCCAGGUUUUUAGAUUAUAAAAAGAAUUGACCAUGGUUUAUUGUAAUUUGAGAGGAAUUUGAGAAUAAAAGUUGAGGUGGGAAU